GGCAUUUCUAUGGAGCAGCAAAAAAGAAGAGACGAUAUUGAAAAGGGCUUGCAGUUUAUUCAGUCCACCAUACCUUUUGAGAAUCAAGAGUUGUACAAGUGUUUCCUUCAGGAGCUGGUUGAGAACUUGUAUAGGGAAGGCAACGACCUGUACCGUGAUGGUGAGGUGAAAGGAGCACUGGGGCAGUAUACAGAAGGACUGACAGUGGCAGACUAUGCAGAAUCCGAAGAACUUGUCCUUUCUCAGCAGCUGGUAUGCAACUUGUUUGUGAACAGAUCCUGCUGCUAUUAUUCCAUGGGUCUGUUUGAGAAGUCUUUAGAAGACAGUGAAAGCGCUCUGAGUCUUGACAAGGAGAACAUGAGGGCUUUAUAUCGUAAAGCUAAAACACUGGACAAGCUUGGAAAGCACCAAGAGGCCUAUAAUUGCAUCAGUCACAGAAUACUGGCUCUAGUGCAGGAUGAGAGUGUUACAGAACUUGCACAGGAGCUAGUGCAAAAACUGGGGCUAAGGCAACGUAGAGCAUACAAGAGACCUCAGCAAGAACUAGAGAAAUUUGGUUUACUAAACAACGGAAUAUCUGUGUCUGCUGACAGUAAGGCUUUCAAUGGUAUGGGAACUGUUGAUGACAUUUAUACAGAUGUGCCUUCAGAGUCUGUUCUGUUCCCAACAUCCCUUGACAUUAACUCUCCUAAAAACAGCUUGGGAGCUGCUGCAUGUCUCCCUUCAUUGACCCCUACAAUGGCCCCUGCAGCUAACCCUGUAAAUUAUUUUACUGACUGUGAUGUAAUUGGAGAUGAGCUGGACUCUUUUCUGGAAUUGGAAAUGGUUGCUGAGUUGCAAUGUCAUGACAUUUCUCCAAUACCCAUAAACCGGAAAGGGUGUAUGCUAGAUGUGCCUUCAGAGUCUGUUCUGUUCCCAACAUCCCUUGACAUUAACUCUCCUAAAAACAGCUUGGGAGCUGCUGCAUGUCUCCCUUCAUUGACCCCUACAAUGGCCCCUGCAGCUAACCCUGUAAAUUAUUUUACUGACUGUGAUGUAAUUGGAGAUGAGCUGGACUCUUUUCUGGAAUUGGAAAUGGCAACCAAACAUAUGCCGCAGCUUAUACCAGUGUUAUCCCCUGGCAGUCAAUUGGUGUCAACUUUGGGACCUGCUGGCCUUACAGCAUCAUCCUCCCUGCCGCCUGUUUCUUUUGGCUUGUUGGACACUCUGAAACCUCUGGUGGUACCAGUUGGAGCACCUCUAAAACCUUCUUUUGAUAUACGCUUGGAUACACUGGACAGAUUUGAUAGCACUCGGGAGACAUUGGACAGCCUGGACUCUUUUGUAAAUGAUUCCAAACCUCUGGAGCCAGUAUCCAUGAAAGGAAAUCCAAACCAGAAGAAUGGAGGAAACACUGUAAAUCUUGCUUUUAUACCCAAGAUGGAUCCUUUACAUAACCAUCCUGUCGUUUCUCCCCCAGCCUUGCCUCUUAGCCCACUAAUGCUGACUUAUGAAUUUAAGCAAGGUUGUCAACAGUGUUAUGCGAAGACAGGGACCAAAGCUCUGGAAUUCACACACAAGGAAAAAUUAGACCACAAGUGCAAGAAAGAUAUUUUACUAGCACGGAUGAAAAACUCAGAAAAGAAGGCAUGGCUCAAAAUUCGUCCAAAACCCACAAAAGAUUUUUCUGGCCCCUACAUGCUGUGCAAAGAUAUCCAAAACCGACAGGACUGUAAAUAUGGAGAUAAUUGUACAUUUGCAUAUUACCAGGAGGAGAUAGAUGUGUGGAAUGAGGAAAGGAAGGGGACUUUUCACAGAGACCAGCUUUUUCAGCCCUCUGGUUUGGUGAAGCCAGGAAAUGUGGCACGACUGCUCCAUGAACAGAAUGGCAUCUUCACUUUUUUAUGCCAGGCUUGUUUUGAUGGCAAACCUCAGAUUAUCAGCAAGAGAAAUCCAGAGAACCCAGAGUUCUGCACAAACCCCACAAAACAACACGGGUUUAACGACCACAAAUGUCUUGUGCAUGUGUUAAACGCAAGCACAGUAAAGUACUCCAAAAUCCGUCCCCUUCAUCUUCGAUUUCAAAUGGAUGUCUGCCGCCAUGAGAUGCGCUAUGGUUGUCUUCAAGAGGACACUUGCAACUUUGCACAUAGCCAUGUAGAACUGUCUGUGUGGAUGCUGCAGAAACAGUCAGGUGUCACUCAAUCGGAGAUUGUGCUUGAAUCUGAGCGCAUGUGGAAGAUUCCCGAGACAAAGGUUAAGCCCUUACCUAAACCAAUGGACAUGAAGUUUAAGUUUGUCUGUGGACAGUGUUUACGGAAUGGGAGAGAAAUAGAUGCUGAUCGAGAUGGGAAAUACUGUGCAGCUAAAGCAAGACAUAGCUGGACAAAAGAUAAACGUGUAUUUCUUUUGAUGUCUAAGUCAAAAAAGAAGUGGAUUCCCAUCCGACCCCUCCCAUCCAUUCGCUCUUUUCCACAGCAGUAUGAGAUCUGUGUCCAUGUGCAGAAUGGAAAGAAGUGUCAGUAUAUUGGGAACUGCACUUUUGCGCACAGCACAGAGGAGAAAGACGUUUGGACAUAUAUGAAGGAGAACAAAGUGCUGGAUCUGCAGCAGCUUUUUGACUUGUGUAACAAGAGCAACAUCACAGCAGAGAAACCUGGGAAGCUAGCAGCGGGAGCCCAGAAAGAUACCGAGAAACAGAUUCUGAUGCCAACGGAUUAUGCUGAUCUUAUGGCUGGCUUUCACUGCUAUCUCUGUGGAAAAAACAGCAAUAGUGAGAAGCAGUGGCAGAAACACAUUCAAUCGGAGAAGCAUAAGGACCGUGUGUUCACCUUGGAAAGCGAUGACAGUCCUUGGAAGUAUCGCUUCCCAGCAGGGGAGUUCAAGUUGUGUGAAAGGUUUGAGGAGACGCAGAGUUGUCCUAAUGAAAACGAUUGUCCAUUUGCUCAUGGAAGAGAUGAAUUGGCGGAAUGGCACGAACGAAGAAAAGUUUUGCAAUUAAAGGUUUCCAAAGCUCGUAAAGACAAGCUUCUAGAACCUAGUGACUCUGACUUUGGAAAGUAUACCUUCCUUAUGCAAGAUUUGUCACAAGGGGCUGAUGUGAAAGAAGCAUUGGACACUCUAUGAAGCUACUCCAUGCCUUAUAACCCACAUUUUUUGUCUGUAUUUUAAAACAAAAAUCUAAUCUACACAGAUGAGGUCUUUCUUUCACAUUAUGUGCCUGAUUCAAGGGCACAUGUUCAACAGUCUAUAAACUCGUAAUCAUUGUAUCAAUUCUCCCAAGGGCAGUAUUGCAAUGAGUGGGUCCCUGACAUCUAAAGUGUUUCAUUGUGUAUCUGAUUGUGCUUUGUGAUAUACUAAUAUGAUUAUUGUCUUUCAUGCCAAAAAUAAUUUAGCUAUUUUUCACUUUUUCUUUGCACUGGAGAGUUCAUUUUAGGGUCACACAUGGACUGACUUGGUUAAAUACAAUAAUCUAAAUACUCUGUGUUACAGGGUUAAUAACUGUACAGCAGACA